AACACACAACCAUUAUGGAUUCCUCUUCUCUUCUUCCCUUGUCAUUAAUCUUGUGCUUUACUAUUCUAUUCUUCGGAUCCACUGGAGUCGAGGCUCGAAGGCGCUCGUCCAUCUCGUCUUUGAUCACCGAAAAUCUCUAUAAUUCCAUAUUUCUACACAAGGAUGAUAAUGCAUGCCCUGCAAGAAACUUCUACAAUUACAGCUCUUUCAUUCAAGCCGCGAGCUGCUUCCCGGAGUUCGGUAACACGGGGAAUUUGGCUAGCAGGAAGCGCGAAAUCGCGGCUUUUCUAGCUCAAAUAUCUCACGAGACCACCGGCGGAUGGGCCACCGCACCCGACGGCCCAUUCGCUUGGGGUUUGUGCUUCAAAGAGGAAAUCAAUCCUCAAAGCAACUACUGUGAUUCUACCAACACACGGUGGCCUUGCUUCCCUGGAAAAUCCUACCAUGGAAGAGGUCCCAUUCAACUAUCAUGGAAUUACAAUUAUGGACCAGCUGGGAGGGCACUAGGUUUUGAUGGGUUAAGGAAUCCGGAAAUAGUAGCCAACAACUCGUUGAUCGCAUACAAAACCGCGCUUUGGUUCUGGAUGACGGUGCAGGCGCCGAAGCCGUCUUGCCACGAUGUCAUGGUGGGUAAAUACGUCCCGACAGCAGCCGACCUGGCGGCUAAUCGGACGGCGGGAUAUGGAUUGGUAACCAACAUAAUCAACGGUGGACUGGAGUGUGGAAUACCCAACGAUGGACGUGUAAACGAUAGAAUUGGAUACUUUCAGAGAUAUGCUCAGCUGUUUAACGUUGAUACAGGACCUAACCUAGACUGCUCGAAUCAAAGGCCGUUUUCUUAACUUCGUUUUCUUGUUAUUUGAAUAAAACAAGGAAUUGCUUGUCUGUAGUGAAUCUUGUGAUGCAAUUGUAAU